GGAGGGAAGUCGCUGUUUUCUCGGGAAGGACAAGAGAGACUUUCGCUCCGCUGCACUCCAUAGCGGCCCAAAGGGGUGAAGGGUCAGUCCGCGAGUUUUUGGUCAUGGCGCUGGCCGCUCGCUUCUGGCGCUUUCUCCCUUGGGCACGUGCCGUCUUUCCCGGACCUUGGCUCUCGAGGGGUGUUGCUGGCAGCCGCGGACAGUGCUGUACUUGGCGACUCCGCGGCUCUGAGGUGAUGGGAAAUCUAGGAUCUGUCAAAAGAAGCCUUUUAUUCUCAGCUUUACCUUAUUUGGGUUUUGAAACAUUUCAAGUAUUUUCCCAGGCUGCUGUGGUUCAUGCCACAGCCAAAGUCCUCAGAGUUGAAGAAAUUCUCGAACAAGCAGACUACCUGUAUGAGAGUGGAGAGACAGAAAAACUUUAUCAGUUGCUGACCCAAUACAAGGAAAGUGAAGAUGCAGAGUUACUGUGGCGAUUGGCACGGGCAUCACGUGAUAUAGCUCAGCUUAGUGGGACCUCAGAAGAGGAGAAAAAACUCUUGGUCUAUGAAGCCCUAGAAUAUGCAAAAAGAGCACUGGAAAAAAAUGAAUCCAGUUUUGCAGCUCAUAAGUGGUAUGCAAUCUGUAUUAGUGAUGUUGGAGAUUAUGAAGGCAUCAAGGCUAAAAUUGCAAAUGCCUACAUUAUCAAGGAGCAUUUUGAGAAAGCAAUUGAACUGAACCCAAAAGAUGCUACCUCAAUUCACCUUAUGGGUAUUUGGUGUUACACAUUUGCUGAGAUACCUUGGUAUCAAAGAAGAAUUGCAAAAAUGCUGUUUGCAACUCCUCCUAGUUCCACCUAUGAGGAGGCAUUAGGCUACUUUCACAGGGCAGAGCAAGUGGAUCCAAACUUCUACAGCAAAAACUUGCUUCUUUUAGGAAAGACAUAUUUGAAGUUACACAAUAAAAAGCUUGCUGCCUUCUGGCUAAUGAAAGCCAAGGACUAUCCAGCACACACAGAGGAGGAUAAACAGAUACAGACAGAAGCUGCUCAGUUGCUUACAGGUUUCAGUGACAAGAAUUGAGAAUUUUUCAGAGAAGAAAGCACAUGAAAUAUCUAAGAAACAUUGCCUUUUCAUCAGAUUACAAAGAUAAUACAUAAACUGUAACUGUUCUAUGGCUCUUUUCUCCGUUCCUUUAUUUAAAUAUACAAUAUUCUAAGUUUCUUCACAGAUAACAAAAGAAAUAAUUACAAAAAGAUUGGUAGAAACUUCUCCCUGGCUCAGAGGCAGAGAUACUGCACAUUUAGGACACCAGCAAUACAAAGGGGUAUAAGAUUUCUAAGGAGGAUGGAUCACAUCAGAAUGGGAGAUCAAGAAAAAGCUUUGUGGAAGAGGUUUCAUUGGGGGUGUGCAUUGUCACAUUGGACUGAUGCAAAGCUGAGAUCUUGCAGAGAAGGUGCAGUGAAAAUUAGGAGGUUAGGAUGUUGCGGGUUCUUGGUAUAAAGUAGUUAAGUGAUGGAUCUUGGAACCAACCUGCAUAAGGAAAAACCUUGUCAGGAGAGGAUGGAAAAUGGAGUGAUUUUUUUUUUUUUUUUUUUUUAAUGUGACAUAGUCUCACGAGUGAAUUGAUUCUGUCACUAGACAAAGCCCAGAUUCUCUUCCCUAAUAUGGUGAAAGGAACACAGAAUUAAAGGUUGAAAUAGAAAUGAAGAUGUUUUAAAUAGGCAGGACAGUAUUACUUGAGGCUGGGAUGCCACCACUGCAGAACUGUUUUAUAAAAAGGAUUAUCUUGAAUGUCACUUAGAUAAAUCAAGAGUGCAUGCAUAGGUGGGUUUUCCCCAAAGGAUUUGCGAAUUGUAAUGUUAACAGUGAACUGUGCGGGUGUGGGCUGUUUCUGUUAUCAUGUAUAUUUUCGAAAAUAAAACUGAAAGUCCUGGA